CCAUCCAUCCUGACACCGAGCGGCCUCAUCACCGAGGAUGAAGCACUGGCCAUCGAUCUCGACGUAAUUCCCAAACUCCACAUUCGACGAGAAACAGACAAGUUCAGGCAAAAGCUCCACUCAAGGAUAUCCGACAUUCGAGAGUUGAUCUCGCGGCAUCUCCAGAUACCAGAGACUGAUUUUGUCCUCUACGAGCCUUCCACUUGGAUUGAAGGCGGCUUCAAUGUAUGCUUGUCCAUCGAUAUCAACAACAACCGUCAUCCACAUCUACCACCCGGAGCAGUCAUCCGAUUCCCUCUGCCCUUCAACAUUGGCGAAAGUUUCGCUCCAGGAACAGUUGAUGAAAAGCUCCGUUGCGAAGCUGCUACUUAUAUCUGGAUGCGUGAGAAUUGCCCCUGUAUCCCCUUGCCUCGUCUUCUCGGUAUGGGAUUUCCAGGACCACAUAGUUUCACCUCUGUUGAGAACGGAACAUUCUUGAACCGACUUUGUUGGUAUCUUCGACGCGUCUGGGAUUGGUUCCGCGACGAGAAGACUUCACCGUAUUGUGUCCACAGAAGAAGCAAGGUUACAGAUGUGGGUUAUUUGCUGCUGGAGUGGGUCGAGAAUGGAAAGAUGCUUUUCAGCAGCUGGGAUCAACACCGCCACGACAAACAACGCACUGCCAAUUUAUAUCGCGGUAUCGCAAGAACGAUGCUUGAGCUGGCCAGAGUCCCACUUCCACGGAUCGGCUCGUGGACGAUGGAUGACAAGGGUGUCCUAUCUUUAACCAAUCGACCAUUCUUUGACCUUACCCUUUUGUGGAAUCGGCACAAGAUACCGACAGGCAUAUCACGAGAUACCACGUACACAUCCACAGAAUCAUUCAUUCACGACACCAUAAGCUAUCAAGAACAACGCAUGACCCACCAAAAGAACUCAAUUCUCAGUGUUAACGAUGGCAUUAAUCAACUCUCAGCACUCGUUGGAUUGCGAGCUUUGCUCCCUCAUUUUUGGAACCAAGAGUCUCGAAACGGUCCAUUUGUACUUUCCCUGCCUGAUUUGCACGCCAGCAACAUCUUUGUCGAUGACGACUGGAAUAUCAUCAGCCUCAUUGAUCUUGAGUUUGCUCCCGUGGUCCCUGUACAAAUGGUGCAGGUACCGCAUUGGCUGAGCAACCGCGGUGUUGAUCAACUCGACGGCCCUGAACGCGAGAUCUACAAGCAAUGCUAUGAUCGAUUUGUGAAUGUCUUGGAGCAAGAAGAGUCAGCAUCAUCACUGGAUCUUUCUUACAGUAAGCGCUUGCGAAGUGAGUGGCACACGGGCAGGCUCUGGUAUGUCAUGGCAUUAAGCACCAUCAAUGCGUUUCCUGGCAUCUUUGAGCAACACUUGCAGCCAAGAUUCUUCUCUGCUGGGUUUAGACUCCAUGUUGAGGGGGCACCGCUUUCACGUCUGUGGUGUGAGGAUGUUGAGUUGUUUGUUGCGAAGAAGUUGGAGGCUUACGAGAUUUACAAGGAUGAUGUUCGUGGUGUUUUCGCUGCGGCUAGAUGUGAGAAUGACGGUUGUGUCGAGGGAGGCGAUGGAGGGUUGGGAGAAGAAAGAACAUCAGUGAAUGUGCAGUGCGAGGUGACUCAGGAGUGU